AUGGAGGGAAAAGCCCCAAGAAACGACGAUUUCGAGGUUAAAAAACCGACCUGGGACGACCUGAAUCGAAAAUUCCGAUUACUCGAAAGACUAACUGACUACGACAAAAAAGACUACGAGUUUUUUGACUUCUCAAAGAUACCUCUGAAAGGCUUCUACAACAUCGGAGCGAAUCGAAAAGAAGUCCUAGCCGUUGAAAAGGUUGCCUGUGCUGCCGCCCUUGUAAAGAGACUAAUCAAUGGAGCCGAUGUAGCAGGGUCCGGAAUGUCACCGUCCGAACAAGCCCUAAUGCUAAUCCUCACUUACGCUCCACUCCGAGGGUCCGAAGGGACACCACUAUUCGAAGCCCCGGAACCCGAUUCUCCAUGGGCUGCGAAAUUCGACAACAUGAUCGAGGGAGGCAACAUCCAUGCCAAAUGCCAAAACACGCUAAUGAGCGUCGUCGACGGAGCAGUGAAGAAACAAAGAGGAGACCAAGGAAACGAAAAAGAAGGAGUAAACAAAUUUGAUGACAAAGUCGGGAUGUCGAAUACCUUCACGGCGACCAAGCCGGGUCACUUCUUAAGAAUGUGUCUCCUUGCCUAUCGAUUCGUAUAUAGUGGAAAUGUAGAAAACUUUCCGAUAUACGCCAAGACGACGGAACUCGCGGCACUCUUCAAUACAACUGAGCAUGAAGCCCGUUUCCUAUUGCAAGAGUCGGUGCUCCAUUUUCUAUCCAACAUCGGAGCUGCUUCCAAAGCCCUCUUGACCGCACUUACCCUCUGCAAUCAACAAGUUCAGGAGAAAAACAAUAUUUUCCGCCGAGCACACUCUCUCCGAAUGGAAGGAUCCGGACUAGCUGCUCUAAACAUAAUCCAUAAAAUUAUGGGGCAUUUCCCCCAUCACAUGGAUGUUGGGUUUGCUAUCUGUAGUGGUCGAAACGUCAAGGAAAUGGCUAGCACCAUCCUGGCGUAUGAGAUGUACUAUAUGCCACCGGAGGAACAGCACAACAUCGACGCGAUCAUCCAGAAGUACCAAAUCAAAGACGUGCCGCAGGAUGAAAACAGCAAGAAAUAUGGGAAGUAUGCUCGAUGCUUCUAUCCUUGUCUACAAUGGUGCACUGUUAAAUCUAACUCAGUCACACUUCAGCAGCUCAACGGCGCUGCUAGGGCUGUGGAUGAAGGAAACGAGGCUCAUCAGAGAGCGAUCAACACUCACCGCGACACAACAUCCCGAGAAUACCAAAUCGGUCGUGGAGCGAUGACUCUUCUGCUUCAGGAGAGAAAA